UAGCAUGCCCGACUCAGCCACUUUGCUGAAAGCCACCAGAAGAUUGUGUGAGCAUGGUGGUGGUGAUGCCAGACCUGCUGCCACUGUCAAGAAUGGUGAAACUAAAGAAAAAUCAAUUAAAUCUCAGAAUCUGGAAACCCAGAUAGAAGACCAUAAGCCACUUCAGGGGACAGAGGGAAAGAAGACUGGAGAGUCUGACUCACAUGUCUUAAAACAUGAGUCCAGUGUAAAAGAGAAAGCUGCUGCAGAGAAACAAGACAAGAAGACAUCUAGCCACAAGAAACUACAUGAUCUUCUUUCAUCUUUGGCUAGUACUGACCCCAUAUUCCUGUGGAGCCUCAAGUGCAGCCGUUACGUCCCAAAGCUCGGAAGAAGACCAAAACUGCAGGAAAAGGCAAAUUAUCCCCGGUAUCAGAGCCUGACCUUGAACCUGAGCUUGUUUUAGCAACCAAAGAAGUGGCUAAAAGUCUUGGUGGGGAUGUGAAGGAAACUGAGUCUGAGCUUCUGUCCACCUUGCGCCUCCACUCUUCAGAGACUACCACUGGCACUGCCCCAUCUCUCAGUGAAAUUGUUUGUGGGCAUGAAGGUGGAGAGAAAGCCACAAUCAGGGAUGGAGGAAGUGCCACGUCACCUUCCUUCUGGUACCGAGGUCAGGCAAGGGUACCACAUUGACCCGAAAGACCAGCCCCGAGCCCGCAAGCCCUGCACUCAGCCUUGGGAUUCAUCUGUGCCCAGGGCUCAUGUUGAUCUCUUUGGAGGUCAACCUUUGGAGAUAUUUAAGAAAAGGGAAGAAGAUCCCCAUGGACCUGCUGCUCCAAUAUCAGUGUUGCCCACAUGGGAGAGAUUGUACCUACAUGAGCUGGAGCAGAGUAUGCAGCAUCCUCCUAGUAAUGCCUUUGUGGAGAUGAUACAGUGGACUAAGCAAGGCAAGCUGUGGACCUUCCCCAUUGAUAAUGAAGCAGCAGGUUUGGUGGAGGAAAUGAAAGUGGGAUUCCAUGAGCAUGUCUUCCUUGAGAGACACUUGGAAGGAUGGUGCCCAAAACGUGGCCCCAUCAGACACUUCAUGGAGCUGGUUUGCACUGGACUCUCAAAGAAUCCUCAUCUAACUGUGGAGCGAAAACAAGCACAUAUUGAAUGGUACUGUGCGAGAGGGUGGAGGGGAGCCUGAAUACAGAAGAGGUACUCACUGGUCUCAGGAUAAACUCCCCCACAGGCAUCCCAGAGUGUGGAGCUGAUGCCCUUCGGUCCACCCUAUGCUCCACCAGCUUCAAGAAACCGUCACCCCAAACAAUGAGUGGUGGAGGGUGCGUUCUGCGUUGACAGCCAGCAUGAGCGGUGACAGGAGUCAUGGGUGCCUUGCCUCCUCGCACCACCACCACAAGCACCACCACUCCUGCCAUCACCUACAAGGGGGAGACUGUGAUGUGGCUGCAGGUGGAUAGGUUCAGAGGCCUCCAGAGAGCUGGCCAGAGUGAAGCUUGUGGUAUAGAAGGACAGCUGCUGAUCAUCAAGCUUAUGGAGUGACUGGAAGAAAGUGGGAGGAGCCUGCAGGAAGUGGUGGAGGUACAGUACUUGGAGAAAAUCCCUUCACCAUGACGACUGGGUGUCUGCUGUACAGGCCACUGACCAAUGGUGAGAGAGGGAGGGAGACUGGCUAAUGGUGGAUGAGAGAGAGAGAGAGAGAGAGAGAGAGAGAGAGAGAGAGAGAGAGAGAGAGAGAGAGAGAGAGAGAGAGUCUUGAUAAAUAAUAUUGGGCACAGGCUUCACCACUGGGUCGACUGUGAGGGCCGCGUUCUUCUGCUAGGGAAGUAUUGGUUGGUUGGUGGCCGCGGCUGUUCACACACUCACUCUUGCUGUGGCUGGCAUGCUGUUCUGUCCUCUCUUGUUCCAGGAAUUGCUGUCUGAGGUGUGUGUGUGUGUAUGCGUGUGUGUGUGCGUAGAAGCCACCAUCAUCAACCACAGCAGGUGAUAAUGAUGGUUCCUGCUUUCAUCGUCAUUGGGGCUAGCCAGACCAACUUGGGGCUGUACUGGGGUGACGCUGUAUGCCUCAGCUGUAUCUGGAGGGCUGAGAUAGUGAGUAGGUAACAAUUAAAAAGGACUAGUGUACACUUAAACCAUUACAAACACUAUGUAAUGCUGGUAUACACACACAAACACUGGUAUACACUUAGAGACAUAUAUAAACACUUGCUAAGGUUUGCAUACUCUUAGAAACACACAUAAACUCUUAAUAAGUCUAGUAUACACACAAACUUGUAUACAAACACUAGUAUAUAUUUAGAGACACAUCCAAAUCUUUGCUAAGUCUGAUAUAAGCACACAAACUCAUAAGAGAUGCUGGUAUAUGCUCGGAAAUCUAUACACACAUUAGGUAAGACUAGUAUACACAAAUCUAUACAUAUAUUAGGAAUUUAUUGAAUGAUUGAGAUGAUUAGUACUCUCUCUCUCUCUCUCUCUCUCUCUCUCUCUCUCUCUCUCUCUCUCUCUCUCUCUCUCUCUCUCUCUCUCUCUCUCUCUUCUCUUUCUCUUUCUCUCAUAUCCUUUGUCUGUCUCAAAUUUUCUCUUUUAAUCUCUCCCUCUCUGUCUGUCUGUCUCUCUGUCUGUCUGUCUGUCUGUCUGUCUGUCUGUCUGUCUGUCUGUCUGUCUGUCCCACACCUCAGUACACCCUUCCUGUCUUCAUACACUUUAGUACACCCUUCCUGUCUGUCCCUAUAGCUUAAUACACCCUGUAUCACCCUUGCAUCUCAUUAAACUAUCCCUAUUUGUCCAUCUCAAUAAACCCUGUCUAAUUUCCCUGCCUGGUUGUUUGUCUCAUCUUAUUACACCCUGUCUCUCCCUGCUUCUUGUUGCACCCUUCCUUUCCCCUACACCUCAAUACUCCCUUCCCAGCCUGUGUCAUGUGUAUAUAUUUAAAUAUUUAUAUUCAUUUGUGGCAUUCUUCAUGUGUUUUUGGGGUGUUUUGAGUGUGUUUGGGUGUGUUUUGGGGUGUUUUGGGGUGUUUGGGUCAGUUUUGGGUGUGUAUUGGGGUGUUUUGGGGUGUUUUGGGGUGUUUGGGUCAGUUUUGGGUGUGUUUGGGUGUGUUUUGGGGUGUUUGGGUCAGUUUUGGGUGUGUUUGGGUGUGUUUUGGGGUGUUUUGGUCAGUUUUGGGUGUGUUUUGGGGUGUUUUUGUCAGUUUUGGGUGUGUUUGGGUGUUUUUUUGGGGUGUUUUGGUCAGUUUUGAUGAGUUUGGGUGUGUUUUGGGGUAUUUUAAGUGUUUUUUGGGCUAUUGUAAAGGAGUUUGGGUGUGUUUUGGGUGGCUACGGGUGUGCUGUGGGUGGAUAAGACUGUUUCUGGGUGUUUAAGUGGGUGUGGAUGCGUUUUGGGGUGUUUUGGAUGUGUUUUGGGGUGUAGAGAGAUAGACGUGAUGUGUGCAGGGUGCCUCAGUCCCUGGAUGGGUGUAGCAGUGUGUGGUGGUGCUGUCUGGGUCUCGUGGUGUGGGAGUGCAUGGAAAGGAACAGAUAAUUUAGGGCAGUUUUUCAUAUUUAAUUAUUUUGUUUAUUAAUUUAUUUACUAUUAUCAUUAUUUUUAUUGUUUUUAAAGGGGGGCUAAUUUUUACGUUCAUCUUUUGUGUUCGGGAGUGGUUAGUGCUAUUGACAAAAAAAGGGAGAUCGUUUUAUUUUUUAGUGUGGAAAUUGUCGCAGUGUGUCAGGUGUUGAUUGGUGUUGAGAGUCGCAGGUCCCGCCCUCUGUCAUAAAAUAAACAAUAAAGGGUUGAUUUUCGCUGAUAGUUUAUUUCCUUUAACGUAAAUAUGUAAUGAUAUAGUUUUAUCUUUGUCUCCUGAUGGUAUGGCACU